AUGUUGUCAGACAAUCCGAUAACAGCAAUCGAACCAAUGGCAUUUAGGCUUCCUCUCGUCCAAUCAUUGACACUGUAAGCUUAUUUCUUCCCUACAGUGGGUAUUUUGUGUUAUUUUAGUACAUACUGGCCUAGUUGUGAUACGCAGAAUUUAGACCAUUUACAACAAGCAGUAGCAAGGGUAAUUUACGACGCUAUGUUAUCUGGUAUACGGUAUCCCGAAUAGUGUAAUAGAUAAAAGCCGACAUGGGAAAACCAAUCGACAAAUCGUUAACUGUUGAUAUUUACGUUUUGAUUGAUAUUAAUUGAUUGUAUCGGUCAAGAUCGAUAGAGAUUUAUGGCCAAAACUGUUUUCGUUCAUAGCGCUAAGUGCAAGGGCCUGAAACCGGAAAACCAGGACUACCCUUUCAGAUGUUCCGUUGCUCCAGGAAAUUUUGCCCUGUAACGACCGGAUUUUCCGGAAACUUUUUGUAAAUGGUAAACAACCGAUUAUUUGAAAAAUGAAUCUGCUAGUAGUCCUAGAUUUCAGAUUCAUCUCUGCAUGCCUUCCAAUUAGCAGUGAAUUGACAAGCGAGGUAUUUAUGAGAUGUCUGCCAGCUAGCUCAGUUCGCUUAAAUUUGAUUCAAAUGCCUUCAUAAAGAUUUUAUCCAUUUAAAGAUUUUGAAUCUAAUCAAACAAUGAGAAGCUUUACUCAAAAAUUCUCGACUCAUUACGCCUUCCGGAAUGCAAAUUUGAAUCUGACACUAUCUAGUUGGGCAAAGGACUAACGGACUGUAUUGUUUUCAAUAUUCAUAUAAAUUUUGCCCUAUUGUGGCCCAAACAAUGAUUAAAAACAGUCAAAAUGUUGUUAAAAACACAACUACAUUCAAAAGGAGUAUCCAUUUUUUUCUCUUUCUGACAGAUUCUUGUUGCGAACGAAACUUAAGACAUUGAAUCCUGAGUCUAUUAUCGGCAACAGUAUGACUGGAUCACUACAUCUCAGCGGGCUUCAUGGUCUUAACUCAACCUUGUAAGACGACGUGAAAUGAAUUUAAGUGCACUUUUCCCUUUUCCACUGUCUUGAGUACGUUAAUUUUUCCAAUCAAUGGAAGAGAAGGUCACUGAGGUGGAACAGGAUGAUAGCUUGAGUGUAAGCCGCUUCCUUGAGGGAGGGUUUGGGGGGAAGCCUAGAAGAGAGACGUGAGAAAGCCUGAUACUAAGGUUGCAUUCCUUUUAGCCAAUCUAAAUCCAGCUUUUGCGAUCGAAAAUUCGAUUUUUUGUUGCAUUAAGGACCAAACCAAUCUAUGAUUGCAAUCCGCACGAUCUACCUCUGAACGUGGAUCGUUCAGAUUGGUAUCUCAAUCUGGUUUCAGAUCUUUGUUCCAUUUAAUGAAACUGCUUUUCGAUCGCAAAAACGAGCUCGUUCAUCAGUAAACAUCGUGACCCGCCGUGUUACACGGCAGGUCAAGGUUAGCUCAGGCAAAAGUUAUUUUUCUAUGCCGCUAAAGGAUUGUAGUACAUUUAACUCAAGUUUCACUAUCACUCUAAAUCCGUUAGGAAGUGAAAACGUUUAGAUUUUCUCACUGUAAAACCAUACUGUCCAAUGUCUGUUUCUGUUUAGAACGCGCUUCUCAGCGCUUAAGAAUUCGUAAUUGUCUUCUGAAUUUUCUUGAAUCAAAUUCCAGAUAAUUUUAAGUUGAUGAGUUCCAGUAUGAACCACCACUAGUUAAGGAGCUAAUUUGCUUUCCGUUUCUCCACGAGAAGAUGCUUAACCUAGCAGAAAGAAGUAAAAAAGGAUGCGUUGAAAUUAAGAAGAAGAUAGAAGCGCCGGCAGGCUGCUGCUGUAUGGAUCAAUCUUAUUUCAGAUUUUUGUUCCAGCUAGCACGAAAAUCCAAACAAUCUGGAUUGUCCAAAUCCGAAAAAGGUUUGGCUAAAAGGAAUGUAACCUAAGACUAGAACAGGAGGUCAUCAUCACGAAUCCUUUCCGCUUCAGUGGUUAAAAUAAUGACCCGCUGGUUCUAGAGCAACGUAAAGGUGCAUUAAUUCGGGUAAUGCCUUUACUCUUCGGCCUACCUUCGCUGUUAAGCCGCGCUUGGUUGAUUUAUUUACUUGUUAACUCGUCAACUCCGUUUUGGGGCAUCGCAGUUUAGUUUAGUGAAAAUAUUGUCUGGCAAGAUCACAGCUUUAUAAUAUCCAACACAAAUUCAAAAAUAUAUCUGACUUUCUCUCACCUUCAUUCAUACGUGGAUUCUACUUUUUUAAAAGUUUUUUUUGUCUUGUUUGUUUUGGCUCUUUUCAGGGUGAUGGAAAACAGGACGCUGAGAACACUGAAAUAUAUUUCCAUCAACAACGUCCUAUCUCCUCUUCGUUGCGUAAUAUAUCUGUCAGUAUAUUUAAAUUUAUAUUCAAAUAUAUGUCCCGGUCUUUUAAGACAGUUCAAACUCCGCUAAUUAGAAGUGAAACUCGAAUUAGAUUCCUGAUCAUCCUGCAGAAUCUCAGUGCUUUCGUAAUUUAAAAAUGUGUUGAAAAAUUAGAUGUAGAAGUAAACUUGGCUUAAAAGAAAACGUGUCAUUGGAAGAUCUAACGCCAGUGUUGUUCCAGGAGAGAUGGUAUUUUGAUUCGUAAAUCAGAGAAUUCACGGAUUUAUAAACUGAUUAAUAAACAUAGAGGAACUGAGGCGCCUUGAACCGUCGGAGAGUAAACGGACAAGUGUUACGAAGACUGAGUGUAACUAGGGGUUUAAAUUUAUGAUUAAUUCCUGAGAGUGAACAAAUUAAAUGCCAGGUAAAAGUAUCCUCUUAUAUAUUAUAUAAAAUGAAAAUUCUUAUGUUGACUCAGAGAAGAGAAGUUUCUCAUAUUACUUAAUACUCAACUCCGAACUGUUGAUUUUGUAAAGUACCUUUUAAUCUAAAACACAGUUGGUUCAAUAUCAGUGAAAAAUUUAAUAGAUAGGAAUGGUAAUUACUAUGAAUAUAACAGUAAAAAAGAGCUGGUCCGCCCCAACUAUCAUGUAAGCUACUUGCUGACCCCGUCAACGAAUGUGAUGUAUUUGUAUAUAAACCGUUUAUUUAAAGCUAUUUAAAUUGCUUUCCUUCUUUCGUUCGUUCUUUCGUAUCAUACUUUGUCUUGUCUAGAAACCCACACGAGUCGCAAGCGGAAAAGAUCGUAUUAAGAUUUACUACCGCAACCUAUGAGGAAAAACUGACAACUGCUCUUUUGGCCUCGGGAUUCAAAGAAGUGCCUGUAGAUAUACGGAGACUUGGUGAUCAUGAUCCUAAGGCUUUUUUACCAUGUGCCCGUGGUACAUUCUCCAAUAUAACUUCUCAAGGAGCUGAAGAAUGCAUAUCAUGCCCUCCAGGUAACUUAGACCUUGUUCAAACGUCGAACCAAACUUAGAUCAUCUCCGGGACCAACAUUCAUCUUCACAUGCGAGGAACUAAACAAAUAAAUGAAGACGGAAUCCACCAGAAAAUUGAGUAAUUUUAAUUUUCAGUGGACAAAACGUUGUACCAGAAUAAUUUAAAGAAUAUUGCAUUCUUUUUUACAUUUGGGCUCAAGAUGUAAUAAAUCAUCUGUAGUAACACCAAAGAAAAUUUUUCAUAGAAUAGACCACUUGCACGUACUACUACAACCAGAAUCCUUCAGGGUUUUGCUUUCUUGUGCAAAUUAGGGCUUUUGUUAUUUAAACCUCGCUGGGAUUACCAAAUUUAAAUAUGAAAGGAAAAACGCAAGGGAUUCUGGUCCUAGUAGUAAAAUGACGCCAUAGUGCAAAUGUUCCGAGAAAAUGAAUGUCAAAUUUCCCAAGAAUUGUGAUCACACAGGUAAAAUUCUGAAAAUUUCAUGUGUAAGAUGUAAUUCCGUGAAAUUUGACAUUCAUUUUUUUGGGCUCCCAUGAGAAAUUUUUUUUGGGUGUUACUAUAGAUAAUUUAUUACAUCUUUAGCCCUUGAAAAAUGUAAGAAAAAAUGCAAUUAUUCUGGUACAAGAUUUUUGUCCACUGAAAAUCAAAAAAUUACUCAAUGUCCUGGUGGAUUCCAUCUUAAAAAUUUGUAUUAUACGUUAUAUUUAGUCUCGUUUGGCUAGAAUUACUUUUUGGUCUGAUUCAGUUGAUUGGUUCGACGGGUCCAAAGUUCGACGUCUGACCCAACAGACGAUUAGUUAAAUUAGGACCUGUUUACAUGGAGCUGGGGAACCCCAGAUAGGUGAGGUAACAUAUGGCGGGUCACCCCAUUUAUCAUGUAAACGUGAUCAAAUUAAAAUGAGUGAUUAUAUUGACAGGCCGGUUACCCCACCUAAGCGGGUUACCUCACCUACCUGGGGUCUCCAAUCUCCAUGUAAACAGGCCCUUAUUAUCUAGGUCGACAGAAAUUAGAGUCUAGUUCUUUCCAUGAAAAGUUCGACGUUUGGCCGAAGCAUUAAAAUUUUAAAUUGAUUGCAGAAAUAGUCGUGGCACGCUCAUUGUUAUAGACAGUAAUUUUCCAUGGUCUAUACCCACUCUUUUAUAGAAUGAAGUGAAUGCGCAAGGCUUGAAUGGUUUGGCCAUGAUCUAUUAGACAGUACAGACACACGGUUGACGUAACAGCAAACUUAUUUGCAUUGUUUUGUCCAACAUUCCGAACAGUUUUGAAAAAAAUUUGCGAGAUUAUUUUGGAUUUUGAAAGUAAAUGCCUCAAAAAAAGUUUAGUAAAAGCGUUGCUUACAAGCAAGGAAAACGAACAAACCGAGACAAAAAGAGUUCUUGGCGAUAUGAAAAUGCCUGAACGAGAAGUUUUAAUAACUGUUUACAUCGUGUGUCAUCGCUACGAGAGACUCGCUCGCUAUGCGCGGUCAUUCUACUUUGAGCAAGUGAAGGCCUUGAAAAGCCUUUGGGAAAAUUUGAGUGCGAUUUGAAGAUAGUAAGGAAGAAAAGGGACGAAACGUAGCGUUUUUAUGACUUGGAAAAUAUUAAGACUAGCACAAAUCCAUGAACAGUCGUCGAGCAGUACGAGGCAAGAUUGUAGUUAUUAUUAUUAUUAUUAUCAUUAUUAUAAUUAUUUAUCUGUUUAUCUUUUUUUUCUUUUCAUUGUAUAAAAAGAAUAGAUCCCAAGUUGCCGAGUAUCAGUUGAGUUAAUAGAUCACAGAAGACUUCAAAAUAUGGCCUUCGGCCCAUAUGCCACCUUUUUUUGUUCCUACCGAAUUUUAACAUCAUAUUACCAUUUUAACCAUAAUAUAAUGUACCUUUUUUGUUUCCUUUCAGGGGGAUUUUACUCCGAUGACGUUGGAUAUGUUAGCGUAAGCUGCAAGAAAUGUCCAAACGGUUCAUUUGUUGCCCUAGAUAAAGCACCUGGAAAACAAGUUCAGGACUGCAAAACCUGUCCUCUUGGUAGAUGAACACAUGAUAAUCAGUAUCUUUCUAUUCAAUUUUCAUUAUCCCUGUUAGGAGGGACGGUCAGGAAAAAUCAAGAGUUGAAAAAUCUGUUUCUUUCAUUGUUUUACUCAUCGAUACAUGCAGCUCUUAGGUAGAUAAGAAACUUUAUGUAGAUUUUUUUCGCCAAAAUCCUUUUAUUUGCGGGAAAAAAAGAAUAUAGGUUUUCGUGACAGGAGUUUAGAAUGACCUCAUUUUUAACCUGAAAUUCGCUUACAUUAACUUUCCUUGCGUUCACAAACCAAGCAGCUGGGAGACAUUUGGACACCUUUCAUCAACAGAACAACUAUUUCUUCUUUCAUCGGAAGAUUCCUCCCGGCCAAUAGCAAGACUUUUUAAACUGAAGUUAUUCAGAAAUGAGAGAAAUUGUUUUCACAAUGACAAGAACUUACGUCUUGCUGCUAAUUUUUGACUUCGCGAAUCUUCGCGCCUUUGAUUGUUAACGUCAUGUUAGUUUGGUGCAGAACGCUUGGCCAUAAAAUCUCAAAAAUUAAUUCUGUUUAAAAUUGUCUCUUACGCUAUCGUCCUUAGGAACGAACAGUGACGCACAUGCUGGAUUACGUGCUUGUGAAUGCUUAGAGGGACAUUAUCGGACUCAUAUGUUUGAACAGUGUCAAAAAUGUACAGAGGGACUAAAAUGCCAAGAUGGCUAUGCUACGUUGCAAUCUGGCUAUUGGUGGAAAUGGAAGAACAACGUCCGUAAACAUCGCUAUCGACAUUUUAUAGCCAAUCUCUUAUCAUCUUCCCCAUCAUUUGAUAAAGAGGACGUGCAAUAUGCGUAUCCCCUACCAACUCCAUAUAAGUGCCCAGGAAAAGAGUCUUGCAGAGGUGGCAUGGAUUCUAUUUGUAAGGAUGGUUACAAAGGUCCACUCUGUGAUGUGUGCACAAAAGGAUACUUUAAGCAAUUUCAUCAGUGCAGGAAAUGCCCAACAAAGAAGUGGAUAGUCGCCCAGAUGUUAAUAUUUGUUUUAGUUAUUUUGACAAUAAUAGCAGUUUGCGUUUGGACAACCAAAAUAAAGGAUAACAAGGGGGAGGGGAACACUGUGGCAGACUCUUUUCUGUCCAAAAUAAAGAUCGCAAUUGGAUUUUAUCAGGUCACUAAUGGUUUACUAGAAGCAUUCUCAUACAUUGAAUGGCCAGAGUCCGUACAGGUAAUCGGCAAGUAUUCUGAAACACUCCAGCUAAACAUACUUGAGAUGACUCCAAUUAACUGCGUCUUUAAGGACCUAAACGUGGAUGCUUUUGCAAACUUACUUUCCAUGAUGGCAGUUAAUUUUGCCACUGUCAUCUGUGCGGGCCUAUGCUACCUUGUAAGAAAAGCUGUUGUCUCAAGUAAAGCAGGAAUGGUCGACGACGAAAAGUCCAAAAAGAUAUCACAGUCUAAAGAAACCGUAUACAAAAAUUUGUUCUUUUUCUUGUACAUCACCUACCUUAGCACGUGUUCCAAGACAGCAGCUGUUUUGCCCCUUGCAUGCAGGGAAAUUUGUCAAGACGAAGAUGAGGACUCGUGCACAAAGUACCUGAAAGCCGAUUACAGCAUACAAUGUCAUGGUCCUUUGUUCAAUAAAUUGGUUGUCGGAGCAUACGUUUCAUUGGCGUACGUUAUUGCUCUUCCUGCCGCCACAUUCGUAAUCCUUUGGAGAAAACGAAGAGUGAUAAAUACCAAAGAAGACAUCAGAGGAUGUAAAGAUACAGCCCCUAGCACUGAAAUAAUCAAGGGGCUGCAAUUUCUCUACGAAAACUAUACAGCACGCUCCUGGUACUGGGAACUAAUAGAGACUUCUCGCAAAGUAAUCGUCACAUCUGGUUUGAUACUCGUGGGGCAGGAAAGCAGAUCAUACAUUGGCUUAGCGUGGGUCAUUGCUGGCAUAUAUGGAGUGUACUUUGCCUGGAAUCGUCCGAUACAAGACGCCUUUGAAAAUCGAUUGAUGACCGCAUCCAUCGCUGUUACAGUUUUCAACUUGGGUGUUGGGGCGGUCAGUAAAAUUCCUACAGAGAAUGUACCUUAA